GCCGACGGUAGCCCUUUGAUGAAAAUUCGUUAUCCUGGAGUGAAUAUUGCUAAGAGGAACGCGAAGAGGAAAUCGUCGUACCCGCGCGUCACCGCGGAUUUGACGAGCUUUACGAUUUUGUUUUUUUUUUUUACGUUUUUAUUCGCAGACCGUGAAUCGGCAACGGAAUCGCUACCGGCCAACUGAAAAAUCACCGAUCAUGGCCAGUGUUUCGUAUCAGAUAGCACAUUUGCUGGAGAAGAUGACGUCCAGUGACAAGGACUUCAGGUUCAUGGCUACAAAUGAUCUGAUGACCGAGUUGCAAAAGGACAGCAUAAAGCUCGACGAUGAUUCUGAGAGGAAGGUAGUUAAAAUGUUAUUAAAACUCUUGGAGGAUAAAAAUGGAGAAGUGCAGAAUCUAGCUGUGAAAUGUUUGGGUCCACUUGUCAACAAAGUAAAGGAAUACCAUGUAGAAACAAUAGUAGAUGCUCUUUGUAGCAAUAUGGUAUCCGAUAAAGAACAACUUAGAGAUAUAUCUAGCAUUGGUUUGAAAACUGUCAUAUCGGAGCUUCCUCUUGGUUCAAGUGCACUCGCAGCUAAUGUCUGUAAACGGAUAACGGGUCGUUUAAGUAGCGCUAUUGAGAAGCAAGAAGAUGUUUCCGUACAGCUAGAAGCAUUGGAUAUCGUGGCAGAUUUACUUUCCAGAUUCGGUGCCCUUUUAAUAACCUUUCAUCCUAUCAUCCUGGCUGCCCUAUUGCCUCAACUUUCCUCACCCCGGCAAGCUGUUCGCAAACGGACUAUCGUCGCUCUCAGUCACUUGCUAACCUCUAGCAAUAACCAUCUUUAUAACAAACUCCUGGAUCAUUUGCUGGAUGGAUUGUCUACACAGAAAGUCAAAAAUGUCAUACGUACUUAUAUUCAAUGUAUUGCCUCUAUCUGCCGACAAGCUGGACAUCGGUUUGGAGAACAAAUAGAAAGAGUGAUGCCUUUAAUUGUUCAGUACAGUAGUGAAGAUGACGAUGAGCUUAGGGAGUACUGCUUACAAGCUUUCGAAGCUUUCGUUUAUCGUUGUCCUAAAGAAAUAACUCCGCAUAUAAACAAAAUUAUUGAAAUUUGCUUGGUGUGCAUAACUUACGACCCCAAUUACAAUUACGAUGAUGACGUGAACGAUCUCUCCGACGGAGAAGGUAUCGUGAUGGAAACUGAAGAAGAUGGUGAGGAAGAUGCCGAGGACGAGUAUUCGGACGACGAUGAUAUGAGCUGGAAAGUUCGACGCGCUGCUGCUAAAUGCCUGGAGGCAGUAGUUUCCAGUAGAAGAGAGCUACUUCCAGAUUUGUAUAAAGUCGUGUCCCCAGCUUUAAUCGCGAGGUUUAAGGAACGCGAGGAGAAUGUCAAGUCUGACAUCUUCCAUGCGUACAUUGCGUUGCUGAGACAAACAAGACCUGCUACUGGAGUACCAUUAGAUCCUGACUCCAUGGAGGACGAGGAAGGUCCUAUUUCCUUACUGCAACAACAAGUCCCUUUGAUCGUAAAGGCUGUACACCGUCAGAUGAAGGAGAAGAGCAUUAAAACAAGACAAGACUGCUUUUCCUUACUUAAGGAACUCGUGCUCGUCCUCCCGGGUGCCCUAACCAAUCACAUCCCAGCACUUAUACCAGGGAUACAAUAUUCCCUGGGCGAUAAGAAUUCAUCAUCGAAUAUGAAGAUAGACACCCUCGCCUUCGUUCAUACCUUAGUCAUUACUCAUCAUCCUGAAGCUUUUCAUGCUCAUAUGUCAGUCUUGGUACCCCCGGUGAUUGCUGCUGUCGGAGAUCCAUUCUACAAGAUCACGGCCGAAGCUCUAUUGGUUCUGCAGCAGCUGGUCCAAGUGAUAAGACCCCAUGAUAAACCAUCUAAUUUUGACUUUACUACGCUCUCUGGUGAGCUUUAUCGGUCUACCUUGUCGAGGCUUAAGACGGCUGAUAUCGACCAGGAAGUCAAGGAACGUGCUAUUGCCUGUAUGGGGCAAAUCCUUGCCCAUUUAGGUGAUACUCUUCACGAUCAAUUACCGGUUUGCUUACCGAUCUUCCUAGAUAGACUUAGGAAUGAGAUUACAAGAUUGACCACGGUGAAGGCUCUUACGUGUAUCGCCGCCUCUCCACUCAGGGUCGACCUUAAACCCAUAAUGGAGGAAGCGAUUCCAAUUCUUGGCUCCUUUUUAAGAAAAAAUCAAAGAGCCCUCAAGCUGUGUUCUCUUACAUUGCUGGACACUCUUGUUAAAAAUUAUAGUUCUGCACUUUAUCCGGAUCUUCUUGAUAAGGUCACUGCUGAAUUACCAGCAUUAUUAAAUGAAGCUGAUCUUCAUAUAGCUCAACUUACCCUAACGCUUCUUACAACUAUUGCCAAGUUGCAUCCUAUUGCUCUCACCAGGGUGUCUGACAAUAUUCUACCGGAAAUUCUAGUACUGGUCAAGUCUCCCCUUCUGCAAGGCGCCGCCCUGAAUUCCAUGCUCGAGUUCUUUCAAGCUCUGGUGCAAGCCGGCAUUCCGGGACUGGGCUAUCGCGAAUUACUGUCAAUGCUUGUAGCUCCAGUGAGCCAAUCGGUGCUUCACAAGCAAGCAUAUCACUCUUUGGCCAAGUGCGCGGCAGCCCUGACGAUUACAUGGCACCAGGAGGCCCAGUGCGUUGUCGAACAAUUCCUAAAGGACGUUCAGAAUCCGCAGAGCGAUGCGCAACACAUUUUUGCUCUUUUGGUUAUUGGGGAAAUUGGCAGACACGUAGAUCUGAGCAGUAUUGGUUCGUUGAAACACGUUAUUCUUAAUUCAUUCUCCUCUCACUCCGAAGAAGUCAAAUCUGCAGCCAGCUACACUUUGGGCAAUGUGGCAGUAGGUAACCUUCCGGAGUACUUGCCAUUUAUUCUCAAAGAAAUUGAAGCUCAGCCGAAGAGGCAGUAUCUGCUUCUACACUCUCUGAAGGAGAUAAUUACUUGUCAAUCCGCGAGUCCUUCGGGUGUCUCUCAUUUACAAAACUUCGUCCCUUCGAUUUGGAUGUUACUCUACAGGCAUUGCGAAUGCACAGAAGAAGGUACUCGAAAUGUAGUAGCGGAGUGUUUGGGAAAACUCACCCUUAUAGAUCCAGCAACCCUAUUGCCAAAGCUCCAGGAGUCUCUAAAGUCUCCAUCGGCGUUGAUGCGAACGACAACAGUGACUGCAGUCAAGUUCACCAUAUCGGAUCAGCCUCAACCCAUAGACGCCAUGUUGAAACAAUGCAUGGGUAGCUUCUUGGCAGCUCUGGAGGAUCCUGACCUGAAUGUUAGACGGGUGGCAUUAGUGGCGUUUAAUUCAGCAGCACAUAACAAACCAACCCUCAUUCGAGAUCUAUUGGACUCAGUACCACCUCAACUUUACACAGAGACAAAGAUAAAGAAAGAACUGAUAAGGGAAGUGGAAAUGGGUCCAUUCAAGCAUACAGUGGAUGAUGGACUGGAUCUACGAAAGGCAGCUUUUGAGUGCAUGUAUACUCUUUUGGAUUCUUGCUUAGACAGACUUGAUGUUUUUGAAUUUCUCAAUUACGUGGAGAACGGACUACGCGAUCAUUACGACAUUAAAAUGCUGACAUACCUGAUGACAGCUCGACUUGCUCAGCUGUGUCCCACGGCAGUACUUCAAAGGCUGGGAAGGUUAGUGGAACCUCUGAAGAGUACAUGCACCAUGAAGGUCAAGGCGAACUCAGUAAAACAAGAAUACGAGAAACAGGAUGAACUCAAGCGCUCAGCACUGAGGGCUGUAGCAGCCUUGCUGACAAUACCUGAUGCCGACAAAAACCCAGCGUUGAGCGAAUUCGUGGCGCAGAUCAAGGCGACUCCCGAAUUGCAGCCUCUUUUCGAAGUGAUACAAAAGGAAUGCUCAGGCAGCAAUAUUAACGAAGCAAACAUAAUGGAUCAAAGCUAAGGAGAGAAUGCGCAAAGGAGUGCGUUGAAUUUAAUUUUUGUAACUUAUAAAAACGUCACCGUCGGUUCCAAAUACUUACGGUCAUAUAUUCAUAGUUUAUUUGUACGCGUUAAUGAUCAUCAUUAUUAUUUUUAUUUUUAUUAAUAUUAUUAUUAUUGUCUCUAUCUCUUGUUUUCUUGUCUUUCAUUGCUAUUAUUAUUAUUUCCAAGUUAAAAUGCGUAGUCGCGAAUCGAUGUGAUUUCAUGUAGCGCCACUGUGUAUAAACUUAAAAAUAAAUUCGACCGGAAGGUAAGCAUUUUACGAUCACCGUGGA